UAUUGAUUAGAGGUUUCAAAAUAUUUCUCCUAAUCAGAAACAGUCCGUAAAUAUUACAUAUAAUUAAUAACAGUGGAUAAUGUAUGUGGGUGGAUAGAUAGAACGCAUCCUGUUUGAUAGGAGGUAUCGAGGAAGAUAGAUAACAGUUUACAAAUUUCAGUUUCCUUUGGAACAGCGGACUGUUACUUGGUUUAGAAAUAGUGCUGCAUUGACAAAUUUUUAUAAUUAUGGCAAUUGCGUUACCUUACUUCUUCAUUUUCUUUUGGAUACAGUGCAUGGGACAAAUAAUAGAUAUCGGUGAUAUUUGGGAGAUGCAAUGUCCUCAAGGAUGUUCUUGUGAAAUACAAAAAUUUUCUGAUCUGCCACUACAUCAAUGGACUAUACCAAGAAAGAGGAGUAAUACCCCAACAGUGGAUGAUACUGAUUAUAGCUUUUAUAAUAAUCACAUAGGUGAUGAAUUGUUAAAAGUUGCAACGUGUGUAGUAGCAGAGGAACAUGAAAAACUUUUGAACAUGCUUCCUUCAGAUAUACAGGUUCUCACUAUACUUAGGUCAGGUAGAGGAGAUGCAGAAAUUUUUUUAAAAGCAACAACAUUUCAACGUUUCACUGAAUUACUGUCUCUAACUAUUGAGGGUAUAGACUAUGAUAACCCUUCUGUAAACGAUGUAAAUAUAGAUGAAUCCAAAGGUGGUAUAGUUUUAGCACGCGAUGCUUUAUUUCCACUGGGAAUGACAUUACUGUAUUUAAACUUAGAACGUGUGAGAUUAACAAGCCUUAAUACAACUAGUAAAAAUAAAGCAAAUCUUGUGAUCAAACCAAUGAAUUUACCUAACGAUGAAAAACUUUAUAAUGAGCAAGUAGUUACAAGUGCUACUAAUGAACAUAAAGGACAUAGAUUAAUUUUUCUGAGUCAACAAAAUAGUGGAGAAAGUGACGAUAAAGAAAUACUUCCAUAUGACAUUUACAAACAAGAAAUGGAUGGUUACAGAGAAAAUGCUGGCCUUUUUACUGGACUCCGUGCUCUUACACAUUUGAGGGUAUACGAAUGUGCACUUAAAGAUAUAUCUUGGCACAUGUUCGAUGGCCUUGAUAGUCUUCUCUAUCUUUCAUUGGAAAAAAAUAAUCUCAGAUUUAUCCCAGAAUUUUGUUUUUAUGGAACACCAAAUCUAAAAUUAUUAUCCUUAGCAAGUAAUCAAUUGCUAACGUUAAAAAGCGUAGAUUUGGCAGGUUUGUUGAUGUUGGAACAAUUAGAUUUAACUGGAAAUAAUCUAACAUUUUUAUCUGAAUUAUCUUUUCCUCCAUUCCCUGCACUUACAAUGGCUGAUUUUGGGGAAAAUCCAAUGGAUUCUGUAUUUCCAAGUACAUUUGAAAUUAUGAACACAACAAAACAGUUAUACCUUGGAGGCACAGAUUCAAAAUUAAAAUUGCAAAGAAAUUCUCUAUUGGGAUUACUGCAAUUGCAAAUAUUACAUUUGUAUAACGUAGAAAUACCAUUGUUAGAACGUUUCAUCUUACAAGGAAUGCCAUCGUUAACAUAUUUAAAAAUACGUGGAAAUGUCACAAAUGUCGAUUUUGAUGCAUUUUCAGAUCUUGGAAAAUUGAUAGAUUUAGAUUUAAGUUACUGUCACAUUCAGCACAUAUCUAUGGAUGCAUUUUAUGGUUUAGAAAAAGUUAAACUUAUAGAUUUAUCUAAUAACGAUUUGGAAUAUAUACCACCUGGAUUAUUCAGUACGCAAUAUCAAAAAGAAUUGAAGGAAAUUAUUCUUACGAAAAAUAAAUUGACUACAUUACCAUGGGAUUUUUUUAAAAUCUUAUGGACAGUGAAUAAACCAUCUCAGGUACAAAAUAUCAAACUGGAUGGUAAUCCAUGGGAUUGUACAUGUGCUAUGGCUACUUGGAAUCCACAUUUGGUGAAUAGAAUUAGAGAAACAGCACCACGUUGUUUCACACCUAAGAGACUACAAAAUUGGGGAGUUUUCCAUGCUCUACGUAAGGGUGGUUUGCAAUGUAAAAAAUUAAAGCGAAGGCGUAUACUCGGAAUGCCAAAAGUAUUAAAUUAUGAAAAUGACAAUGCUAUAAGUUAGCAAAUUCUAUCUUACUUGCAUUUAAUUUAUGGUAAACAUUCUAAAUUUGGAUGAACUAAAAAAAGUACAUCGAAUAUGAUAUUUAAUAUCUACUUUAACAAUUGUUUGAUUAAAACUUUUUUAUAAAAAUGUGUGAUACACAUAUCUGCUAAAGCAGUUAUAUACGCUGUACAAAUAUAAUUAAUGUAAUUU